UAUAUACCCUACCAGAUCCUUGAGACCGAGCAGGAAGCGGCCGAAGGGGAAUAAAGUCGAACGGAGAAGAGGGUUGAGAGAGCGAGAAAGGAGAGAGCGAUGGAUCCACAGUUGACGGAGGUGACACAGCUGUUCGGCCGAUUCAAAGCCGCCUUCAUAAGGAACGAUUUCGGGACUUGCACCAAUCUCCUCUCCCAACUCAAGGUCUUAUUGACAAAAUUUCCUAGCCUGCCACCAUCAUUUCAACAAACACCUAAUGCUGUUGAGGAGCUGACAAUAGCAAGGGAUAUAUAUGAGCAUGCUGUUGUUUUGAGCGUGAAAACUGAAGACCAAGAUGCCUUUGAGAGAGAUUUCUUUCAGCUGAAACCUUAUUACACUGAUACAUGCGGUAUUAUUCCUCCAUCACCGCAAGAGUACCCAAUCUUGGGCCUUAAUCUUCUAAGGCUCCUUGUUCAGAACAGAAUAGCUGAAUUCCACACAGAACUAGAGCUCCUUCCACCUAGCGCUCUAGAGAAUCCUUGUAUUAAGCAUGCUGUGGAACUGGAACAAUCAUUCAUGGAAGGUGCUUACAACCGUGUCUUAAGUGCCAGACUAACCGUUCCACAUGAAACUUACGUUUAUUUCAUGGAUCUUCUUGCAAAGACUGUAAGAGAUGAAAUAGCUGGUUGCAGUGAGAAAGCUUAUGAUUAUUUAUCAAUUAAUGAUGCAAAGAAGAUUCUGAUGUUCUCCUCUGAUCAAGAGCUUUCUGAAUAUAUUACAGAGGAGCACCCUGGAUGGGAGAUUAAGGAUGGCUGCGUGUUCUUCCAAAAGGCAAAGGAAUCACAACCAUGCAAGGAAAUACCAUCACUGCAACUAAUCAACCAAACACUGAGUUACGCAAGAGAGUUAGAGCGAAUAGUGUAACUCCUUUCUAAAACAACAUCAACAAUAUCUGUCAGGCUUUGUUGCUGUUGAAUUGUUGUUAUCAUGAUGCACUGUAAAAUCUAGUUUCUUAAACUGCAGUCCACUCGUGUUUGAGUUUGAUUUGAUGAACAAUAUAACUCUUCUUUUUCUCUUUCCUUUCCGCUCUGCUUAUUGAGAGAGCAUUUGUUCUUCCAUUGAAUGAAAAAGAAUCUGAAUCUAUAAUUUUGAACUA